AUGAAGAGUUCCCAGGGAAGAGUGACCUUCGAGGAUGUCACUGUGAACUUCACCAAGGGGGAGUGGCAGCAGCUGAAUCCCGAACAGAGGAACUUGUACAGGGAUGUGAUGCUAGAGAAUUACAGCAACCUCGUCUCUGUGGGACAAGAGGAAACCACCAAACCCAACGUGAUCUUGAGGUUGGAACAAGGAAAGGAGCCAUGGUCAGAAGAAGAGGAAGUGCUGAGACGUGGCCAUCCAGAAAAAAACUGGGACAUUGGAGGGCAGAUUUGGAACCCCCAGGAUGUGAAAAAGAGUCUUUCAAGAGAAGUCCCAUCAAUCAAUAAGAAAAUGCUGACUACACAGAAUGGCACAGAACAUGACAAAUCUAAGAGACUAUUUCGACUGAGCAUAGAUGAUGUUUCUUCCAGACUUAGAUUCCUCAAAUGUGGCCCAUUUGAAAAGCAUUUGAACUGUAAUUUCAAUUCUAAAAGCUAUGUACAAAACAAUUCUCAUAAAGAUAUUGGAUAUAGAAAAUUAGUUGGUGAUAAUCAAUCCAAAUUUGUAGGAAAACAACUUAAAUGUAAUCCACUUAGAAAGUUAGUCAGUUCCAAGUCACGCCUUCAGAGUCACCUGGGGAUGCAUGCCAGUCAGAAAUCCUUUGAAUGUCCUAACUGUGGAAGAGCAUUCCGGGAGAAGUGGAAGCUGAAUAAACAUCAGAAAACUCAUGCAGAGGGAAGGCCCUAUAAAUGUGAGAAAUGUGGAAAAGCCUACAAGCAGAAGUCAAAUCUCUUUCAACAUCAGAAAAUUCAUACUAAAGAGAAGCCCUAUAAAUGUAAGACCUGUGGAAAAGCCUUUUCCUGGAAAUCAUCCUGCAUUAAUCAUGAGAAAAUUCAUAAUGCCAAGAGAUCCUAUCAGUGUAAUGAAUGUGAGAAAUCCUUCAAGCAGGGCUCAACCCUCAUUCAACAUAAAAAACUUCACAGUGGAGAGAAACCCUUUCAAUGUAAGGACUGUGGAAAGGCUUUCAUUUACAAGUCAGAUAUUGUGAAACACCAGAGAAUACACACGGGAGAGAAACCCUAUAAAUGUGGCAUAUGUGAGAAGGCCUUUUCCCAGAAAUCAAAUGCCAUUGAUCAUGAGAGAAUCCACACUGGGAAGAGAGCUUAUGCGUGUGAGCUAUGUGGAAAUACCUUUAUCCAGAAGAAAAACCUCAUUAAACACAAAAAAAUCCAUACUGGGGAAGAAUCUUAUGAAUGUAAUAGUUGUGGAAAAGCCUUCUUUCAGAAGUCAAACCUUCAGACGCAUCAGAAAACUCACAGCAGAGAAAGGGCCUACAGAUGUAGUGAAUGUGGAAAAACUUUCAUCCGGAAAUUAAACCUUAGUUUGCAUAAAAAAGUCCAUACCCAGCAAAAGCCUUAUCAAUGUGCUGAAUGUGGAAAAGCCUUCGCUGACAAGUCAUACCUUGUUAGACACCAGAAAAGAAUUCACUCCAGAUAG